UUAAACCCGAAGGUUUGCGUCUUUCGCGUUACAACAUACAUGAAAGUGAUAUAGUGCGAUCUUUUCAUAUCCAGACAAAAUGCAUGCGUUUGAUUGUGGUGAUGGACAACAUUUUGCGGAUUGUUCUUCUUUGUGCAUUGAUGGCUUUGCUCCCAUUGUUAAUUCAAGGCUCCAGACAAAACCUCAAAUGCGGUGCAUGUAGGGCAUUAGUGGAUGAAAUGGAAUGGGCAAUAUCACAGAUAGAUCCCAAGAUAAUGAUCCAGACAGGGUCAUUUCGGAUCAAUCCUGAUGGUUCUCAGUCAGUCAAAGAGACUCCUUUCGCUCGCUCAGAGAGCCAUCUGCUUGAACUGAUGGAAGAAGUUUGUGAGCAGAUGAAGGAUUACGGUGAAGGUGUUGACCCCACCACCAAUGGAAAGACAUACGUAAGACAUACACCCCGUGACGGCAAAGCAAUGGACCUUUCUGAUGUGGCCUUUGACUCCAGCGUAAGCUCCAGGUUAAAGUUUGCGUGUGAAUCGAUCGUUGAGCAACAUGAGGAUGAACUUAUUGAAUUCUUUGCUCAUGAAACACACAAUGUUAAGGACAAGCUGUGUAGUGAAAGGACAGAUCUCUGUGACCAUGCCCUGCAGAUAGCUAAUGAUGAAUUAUGAGGCACAUCAUGACAAUCAGUCUGUGCCCUCAGAUUGAUUCUCUUAUUUGUUACUUGCUGUAAUUGGAUGUUAAAUGUUCAGUGAUCUACUUGACUGAUGACCCCAUGGGUUACCGGUUGUCCUGUUUACACGUAAUAAUGGUUACCAUCAAUAAUGUUCAAUGUUAUUCAUUAAAGCUGAAUCUAAACAGCUAAA